AUGAGUCGCAUUGUUGAAUUGGCAGCGCUUAUCCAGCAGCGCACCGCGGAUAUCAACGCCCACCUGCAAGAAAACAACCUCCCACAACCCACCUUCGACGAGGACGGACCAACCGAGCAGAAUCUAACAGGCGAGGAGAUGGUGAAAGCCCGCGAUGAUGUUCUAGGCGCCACUCUUGAGCUUCACAAUCUGAUUCUUGGUCCCGCGAUGUGCCUUCGCCCUGUUCUCAACGGGGUUAGUUUGCAGGCCAUCUACAAGUACGACAUUGCCGCGGCGGUGCCAGUUCACGGAGAGAUCUCGUUCGCUGAGCUGGCCAACAAGAUCGGGCUGAGCGAACAUAACGUCCGGCGUAUCCUCCGCUAUGCGAUGGUCUUCCAUCAUGUUUUUAGAGAGCCGCGGGAAGGGUUUGUUGCCCAUACAGCUGCAAGCCGCCGAGUGCGCGAGAAUCCCAAUACAAGGGCCGGGUUGGGGUAUAUGUUCGACGAGGUCUGGCCGAGUUUUGCUCAUGGCUGGAAUGACUACCAUAAAUCCGACAAGCCUUUUUAUAAACACUACGCCUCGCACCCUGACAUGGCGCAGCGUUUCGGGAAGGCAAUGGCGGCAUUUACGGAUGCCCACGGCAACGCACCCUCUUUCCUCGCGAAGAACUACCCCUGGGAAGCCAUUAACAACGGCAAUGGCACAGUCGUCGACCUCGGCGGGGCCAAAGGCCACGUCAGCGCUCUUCUCGCCCAUCAAUUCCCAAACCUCCAGUUCGUUGUUCAGGAUAUGCCGGAAGUGAUAGCCGGUGCGGCCGAGGCCCUCCCAGAAGACCUCCAAGGCCGGGUCAAGUUCCAGGCUCAUGACUUCUUCACGGAGCAGAAAGUCCAUGCAGAUGUCUACCUCCUGCGCAAUAUCUUGCAUAACUGGUCAGAUACGUACUCGAUCCGGAUUCUGCGGGCGUUGAUCCCUGCACUGCGCCCAGGCUCGAGAAUUGUCCUACAUGAUUACAUCCUUCCCCAACCGGGCACAAUGUCUCGGAUGAAGGAGAUGGCUGUGAGGGACAUGGACCUUAUCAUGCUCACGUUGUGCAAUAGUAGGGAACGUCAGGAGGCUGACCGGAUUGAGCUAUUCAAGAAGGCUGACUCCCGGUUCUCGAAUAUCAAAAUGUGGACGCCUCAUGGCGCGGCAUUGUCGAUUAUUGAAGUCGUCUGGGGCGAAGCCGGGGUUCAGGCAGCGUUAUCGUAG